AUGGAAAACGUGCAAUACACGACAUGGGUGAAACUCUUCAAAAUUCACGCACGAUCCCAUAAAGCAAUUGAUCAUAUUAUUCCUCCAACAAAAGGCAAGGAGAAAAUUCCUCAGACAGAGGAGGAGAAAGAACUAUGGUCGACCCUUGACGCUACCGUUCUUCAGUGGAUUUAUGCCACUAUUUCUCAUGAUCUUUUACAUAUCAUUCUUGAACUUGACACCAUGACAAUAAAGGCGUGGAAUAGAUUGCGUGACAUAUUCCAGAAUAACAAACACUCUCAUGCCGUCACCCUUGAGUAUGACUUCACUCACACAGACAUGGCAGAUUUUCCAAAUGUCUUUGCAUAUUGUCAACAUCUCAAAUCUCUUUCGGAUCAACUCAAGCAUGUCGGCUUUCUCGUCGACAACAACAGACUUGUUCUUCAACUAGUUCUAGUCUCACCAAGCCCUACAACAGUGUGGCCACCCUUAUUCGCCAAAGUGAUCACUUGCCCCAAUUUUAUCAAGCCCGUUCGAUGCUCACUCUUAAAUAGGUCGGCCUUGCCAAAAAGGUAG